GGGGGGAGGUGGGGAGAAACUCAGUUCUUGACACUAGUCUUACAUUUCCUGGGUUCCCUUUUUAGUUUCAAACUCCUACCAUGACAUCAGUUCUCCAUUGGACUUUCCAUUCCUUUUAGGUUCCUUCUUUCUCUCUGAAUACUCCCAGAAGCCCCUAUAAAACGAGGCUCCACACAUGGGACAGAGACACAGACCUUCAGUCUCUUAGCUUGUGCUCUGCUCCUCCAAGCCUUCUCUCCUCUCAGGAUCAUGAAAGUCUCUGUGGCUGCCCUCUCCGUGCUCAUGGUCAUGGCCUUCAGCUCUCUGGCAUCCUCUGCACCAAUGGGCUCUGACCCUCCUACUUCUUGCUGCUUCUCUUACGCCAGCCAACAGAUCCAAAGGAAAUUUGUGACUGACUAUUAUCAGACCAGCAGCCUGUGUUCCCAGCCAGCCGUGGUCUUCCAGACCAAAAGAGGCCGACAGGUGUGUGCCAACCCCAGUGAUGCCUGGGUUCAGAGCUAUGUGGAAGACCUGGAGCUGAACUGAGGGGCUCAGGGACCUUGGACUCUUAAAGUGAAAUGGACCAAACUGAGGAAUUCCAUAGUCAGAUGCAAUCUCCCCAAACUCCAGCCUGCUGGAGAUCCUCUCAACUGUUAUAUUUCAUUCUUAUCUGUGAGAUUUAUUUAUGUAAAUUAUUUGGUGACAACUUUGUUUAUUUAUUAGUACUUUGGUUCUACUUUUGGAAGACACCUGUCCCCCAUGGGGACCUUUCUUGGCAGCCAAGCCUCUGUCCUUUUGAGUCAUGAGGUCACUUGCUUUGUCCAACAUCUGUUGGACAAAGAUUCAGAAUAAAACUUUCUAAAACUUUAA